AUGCUUCGCUCUUCAAGCUACGUUAGUACUGGUAGAUUUCUUCAUGUGUCGGCCAGAAGGUCAGACUUUAUGUCGUGGUUUAAGCGGAAAGAAGAUAGCAAGUCGAACAAGACGAGUCGAAACACCAAAGAUGUCAUCGCGGAUAUUGAGUCUGGCGAAAACAAAACGAAGGGCUCAAGCAGUAAACUAAAGCUUACCGAGGACUCUUUUGUCGGAGAGGAGGCCGCUGCAGUCAAUCACGCAAAGCGUAAGGUACUCGUUGCCCAAGUUCCAUUCAAUAAAUGGCUUUCGUCUAAAAAGGUCUCUACAGCAGAAGCGCUUGACCAGGCAAUCAUUCAAGCUUUUAGUGCACUGAAUAGUGGGACAGCCAUGUCUAUCGAUGAUGAGUCUCUCGCUGUGCCUUUCUCCAAUCUGGUCAAUAAAUUUCAUUUCACCAAGUCUUUACAAGCGUCAACGGGGGUUUUAGUGCCUGACUACCAAUUGACACGAUUGAAAACACCUCUAGAGUUUCGCGAUUUUUAUUUAAGAGAGAUCGUUAGUGGUAAGCUCGCUAAAUAUAAAGAUGCUGAACCCGGUGCCAUUGACCUCGACAGCUCAUCGUACACUGCCGAAACCGUGCAUGUCGUCAAGCAGGUAGCACCCCAAGAACAGAGGAAAAAGCUGUCGAACAUUUUGUCAGAAGUAGAGAGUCUGGAUCGUCAAAAUGCUAGAGAAGCUUUGAAAAGUGCGAGACGAGUUGUUUGA